AUCAGCUAAAGAAAAUGUUCUGCAUCAUAUUAUACGUACGUGUCCUGAUUACACGAUUGAUUUUAUCAAUUGAUUAUCAUGAUAGCUAGUUUAUUAUUCUGAUAAGAAAACGGUGGCUGCGGGCUUGGAGAUGGAGGCUGGCAGUCAACAGUAAAGAUUCCAUCAAUACAAUGCCUUUGUGAAUACCCAGCUAGCCGCGGGAGGUGGGGCCCUUUUCACUUCCUCAAUCCAACAACCAUCACGGGCACAAGACGUUUCUGGAGGACUUAUCCAACACGCGCUCCUCAAAGGAGGGGCGGUGGAAACGUUUCCCUCGUUUUUAGGAUAUAUUUCUUUAAUCGACACUACUUUUGGUGACCAUGGCUGCUCUUUCAGCCUGGUUUUGGAACGAGAGAUUUUGGCUCCCACAUAAUGUAACUUGGGCUGAUCUCGCAGACCCAGCGCCGGGUGUGGAGUAUCCAAAAGCCGGUCACUUGCUCUCUGCCUUACCACUGGCUUUGGGGAUCUUCGUGGUCAGAAUACUAUUUGAGAGGUUCGUAGCCAGGCCAUGUGCUUCACUCCUGCACAUCCAUGCCGCCUCGGCGUACCGGCCAGCUGCACCCAACAAAGUCCUCGAGAUGGUGUUUGCUUCCAUUACAAAGUGCCCAGACAAACGCCAUCUGGAUGGGCUGUCGAAGCAGCUUGACUGGGACGUGAGGAAAGUCCAACGUUGGUUCAGACAGAGACGCAACCAGGAGAAACCCAGCGUACUAAUCAAGUUCUGUGAAAGCAUGUGGAGGUUUACAUUUUACCUGUGCAUUUUUACCUAUGGGAUCCUCUUUUUAUGGCAGUCGACCUGGUUCUGGGAUACGCGUCACUGCUGGUACCACUAUCCCUACCAGGUCCUGACCCCUGGUUUGUAUACCUACUACGUGACCGAGCUGGCUUUCUACUGGUCCCUCAUGUUCUCACAGUUCACCGACAUCAAACGGAAGGACUUCGUCAUUAUGUUUGUCCAUCACUUGGCAACAGUGAGCCUGAUCAGUUUCUCCUACGCUAACAACAUGCUGCGUGUGGGGAGCCUGGUCAUGUGUGUCCACGAUGCAUCCGACAUCUUGCUGGAGGCAGCCAAGCUGGCCAACUACGCAAAAUACCAGCGCAUCUGUGACUCUCUCUUUGUGGUGUUUAGCGCGGUCUUCUUCAUCACUCGACUCUUCAUCUUCCCCUUGUGGAUUCUGAAUAGCACAUUAUUUGAGAGCUGGGAAAUCAUUGGUCCGUACCCGUCCUGGUGGCUCUUCAACUCCUUACUACUGGUACUGCAGGUUCUGCACGUCAUCUGGUCCUACCUAAUAGCUGGGAUAGCCUACAAGGCCAUUGUCCGAGGAAAGGUGUCCAAGGACGACCGCAGCGAUGUCGAGAGCAGCUCAGAAGAGGAGGCUGACACCAACGGUCGAGGUUUUAAAAUGUCUCCCCCCCACAAGGAGAAAGAGAACGGCACCAAUGGUCAUGCUGUCCCCUCGAAGACCUGGUCACAGCAGAUUGGCCGGCACGUCAGUAAGAGUAACAGAUGGUGACACGGAGACGGGUCGUCUGGCCGAGUCACACUGUCGGGGCCGAGUCAGGAAGGGUCGUCUGGCUGGGUGACACGGCACGUCCACUAGCUGUCGAACUCUGCUGGGAAUGGACAGUUUCGAUAGGAAAGUAUCAGCGCCUUAUAGGGAGAAUGGGGAAUAACUUCCAGGCCUUUCCACUAGUUCAUACUUACCUACAAUAGGCCAAGGCCUAGAUCUUGAAUUGUUUUUCCUGCCUCAUCCAGUCUCCGGGACGUUUUAGGACUGUUUCUUCACUCACCUCUGACUUCUGAUUUUAUAGUACUUUUCAGAACUGACAAUGAUCAGUGACUAUGACAACGGAUGUUAAAUGAAGAGACAAAAAAAUACUGUGAUUAAUCGAAUCUCAACUGAUUGCAUUUUAUACUGAUGAGAAAACUAUUUGCAUUCCCUCACAUUAAGUGAAUGGCAUUGUACUUAUUGUUGAAUUACCUUAUGUCCAUAAAAUUGGUCCGUGGUUGGUGGUUUUACAUGUCAACGUGAUGCGGCCAUUUGUUGAGAGAUUAUGUUCUCCGUGUUUCAUUGAGAGGGACGGGAGGGAGCUGCUGUAAUUGUUCCGCUUUGUCUUUUGGACUGUUUUAUUUGACCAAUUGCAUACGAGACAAAUGUUUAUUAAAUUUUUACGUUUCACGUUGUAAAAUG